AUGGCAAAUAUGUUUAAUGCCUUUACAGGUUCCUCUGGAUCUCACGGUUUGACUUUGAUGGCGAUUUUAAUAUAUUUCUAUGUGAAUUGGUCAUUGGCUUUUGUGGUUGUUGUGGUUGAAUCAAAAUGGGGGUUGGCGCCUUUGAUGAGGAGCUCGUAUUUAGUAAAAGGGAUGAGACCGGUUUCGUUGUUAGUGAUAUUGUAUUUUGCAUUUGUAGUGGCUGUUGUAGAAUCCAAAUGGGGGUUCGCGUCUUUGACGCGUAGCGCGUAUUUAGUUAAAGGAAUGAGAUUGGUUUCCUUGAAGUUAAUUUUGAUUUAUGGGGCUUUAGGGGGAAUGAUUGUGUUUGUUUAUUCUCGUUCUUUGGAGGGUUAUGGUUUGAUGACUGGUUGGGGUGUGUUUAAUACUUUGUUUGGUUCGAGUUUCUUGAUGAUGUUUCUGAUGCAGAGUGUUGUCGCGAACGUGGUCUUGUAUAAUUAUUGUAGGGCUUUGCACGGUGAAUUGGCGAUUGAGGUUGAUGGCGGGUUUCUUAAUGAGUAUGUUUGUUUGUCUGCGGACGAUGAGAAGGUUCCUCAUGUUGUUACGGUUGUCACGGUGUGA